AAGUACCCACUCCUGCUCAAGAUAACGGCGUCCAUUCACUCGGGGAUGUGAAGCCGGAUGACGAGCAGCAAGAUGAAGAACCUUCUGCUUUUAGGAAUUUUUUUGUCAGUAUUUCAAAUCAGCCUCUCUAACAUUCCAGAAUUCUGCAAAGAACCUCCUGAUAUGGGACGUGGCACCACUUUUGCCUUCUCUGUCUAUUAUGAUCCCCAAAUCGACAAGUGCAACCCUUUCUUUUACCAAGGCGAAGGAGGAAAUGCCAACCGCUUUUCAAGUGAAAGAGAUUGCCUGAGAAACUGUUCACCCAAUGCAGAAAGUUUCUAUCCCCGGGAAGCAUCUAAAUCCUGCCAUUUAAAAAAGGAAAGCGGGGGAUGCACCGGCACGUUUUUGAGAUACUACUAUGACUCAGUCCACGACAAGUGUAAAAAAUUCAUUUGGACCGGAUGUCUUGGAAACGGGAACAGAUUCUUUGACCAGAAAAGCUGCAAUGCCACCUGUGCUGGUAUCCAUGAUGAUGGAGAUGAAAUGGAGGAAGAUGAGCCAGACACCCCUAUUGCGAUCAUCUGUGGAGUCCUCCUCGCUCUAAUCGUCAUUGCCGUCAUUGGAACAGUGACAUUCCUGGUAGUUAAAUCAAAGAAAAAAAAGGGGAAAAAGAAGGACAAAGCGAAAACUAAUGCCCCCCAGUCUGAAACGCCUCUUCAGGAGGGAGCGAUCGAAAUGACAUAAAGUUGUUUUUACCAGUUUAGAAACUAGUUUUGCUUGUCUUGACUGAGAAAAGAAGGACUAAGGAUAGAUUUUUUUUUAACUGAUGGAUGUAAAAGUUUUACAGUUUUGCAUUUUCUUUCAUUUUCUUAUGAUGUGCAAAGAAAUGUUUCAAUUUCUAUUGAUUUUUCUCCCACUCUAGAUCCACUAAUCCUCUUUAGCUCUCUUCUUUAGUUUUCUUCUCUUUUAACUUAGACUUUAUAAUCAAAGUAGCUUAUAGAACUGCAUCAAAUGUUAAGUUGUUUUUAUUUUUUUUUUACAAUUGCUUUAUUGAAUUUGUUUGUGACAAGUACACUGAAUAAAAUGGCUUUACACUGACACAAAAAGGUUUAAAAA